UGCUUUGUUUCUCUUAAAGGAAUUGGCCUGGGGUUGCUAUAGAGAUAAGACAUGGCAACUAGCAAAACAACUAGCACCCAGAAACAGAUCAACAGCCUGAGUAAAUCAUCUAUCCAAUAUCGCCCCCUUUAUCUGCAAACUCUGUUCUCCAGAAUUCCAUUAUGGAAAACUGGAGCGACUUGAAACAAGAGCUAGAAGGCCAAGAAGAAAAUGAGGAACAUCCACUAUUGGAAAACACAGCAGCAGAUUCUUCCAAAGAAUCUGAGCCUGAGUUUUCUGAGCCCCGGGAGUCAGAGCGGGAGAAACCAGAAAUCGCACCUCAGUUCAGGAAUCCCCCUCCUCCAAGCCCAAUCCCUCAUUCUAGUGUCAGCACAUCUCUGCAUCUCCUCAGGGGACCAAGAACACCGUCUCCACCUUGGCCUCCUCAGGAGCCUUCUCCUACUCCUUCGAUGGAUCUGGCAAAAUUGGUCCGUGCAACACCAUCCCCAUCGCAUUCAGACAAGGUUGUUCAUAUGAUUCCAGAGUCUGGAACACCUCACUCCACCAACAGGCAACCAUCACUUGAUGAAGUGGAGGAAAAUGCCUUUCAAUUGUCUCAGCAUCCUGAAUUUCACCAGCAGGAACAAAGCAAUUAUGCAAAGAAAGAGCCUAAAGUUGAUAUUUUCCAAGUGGAAGACUCAGAUAGUAACUGUGAUCCAAAUCCGCUGCAGCCUGGGGUCUCUGAAGAGGCUCCGAGCAUGCAUGAGAUUGCUGUGCAAAAUGCUAAAGCUUACCUACUGAAGACCAGCUGUAAAUCAGGCUUAAAUCUAUACGAUCAUCUUUCUAACAUGCUGAUUAAAAUCUUAGAUGAACGUCCUGAAAAUGCUGUAGACAUCUUUGAAAAUAUUAGCCAAGAUGUGAAGAUGGCACAUUUUGGUAAAAAGUUGGAUACUCUUCAAAAUGUGAAUGAGAUGCUUCCAACAUAUGAAAUAGCAGAAAAGCAAAAGGUUCUUUUUCUCCAAGGAAAUUUGGAAGGAACUGAUCAAGAACUUGAAGAUGAAAUAGGAGAACCGCCUUUUCCAAAUAUAAUGGAGUCAGCCUUUUAUUUUGAACAAGCUGGAGUUGGUUUGGGCAUGGAUGAGACUUACCGCAUUUUUCUUGCUAUCAAGCAGCUUACUGACACACACCCAAUCCAAAAAUGCCGUUUCUGGGGCAAGAUCUUGGGCGUGGAAAUGAAUUACAUUGUAGCUGAAGUUGAAUUUCGAGAAGGAGAAGAUGAAGAAGAGGUGGAAGAGGAAGAGGUUACUGAUGGAGAUAGUGAAGCUGAUGAAGCUGAUGAAGAUGACUUACCAAGGUCUUUUUACAAGGCCCCACAACCUAUCCCAAAAGAAGAAAACAGAACAGGUGCCAAUAAAUAUGUUUAUUUUGUUUGUAAUGAACCAGGAAGACCCUGGGUGAAAUUACCAUCAGUUACACCCUCACAAAUUGUUAUUGCAAGAAAAAUCAAGAAGUUUUUCACUGGGCAGUUGGAUAGUCCCAUUAUAAGCUAUCCACCAUUCCCAGGAAAUGAGAGUAAUUACUUACGAGCACAAAUUGCCAGGAUUUCAGCAGGGACUCAUGUCAGCCCUCUAGGAUUUUACCAGUUUGGUGAAGAAGAAGGGGAAGAAGAGGAAGAAGUUGAAGGUGGGCAAGAUAGCUUUGAAGAAAAUCCAGAAUUUGAAGGCAUCCAAGUGAUAGAUCUAGUGGAAUCUCUAUCCAAUUGGGUUCAUCAUGUACAACAUAUUCUCCCACAGGGUCGCUGUAAUUGGUUCAACCCCAAUCAAAAAAGUGAGGAGGAAGAAGAUGAAGAAAAAGAAGAAGAAAAAGGAGAAGAGCCAGAUUAUACAGAACAGGAAGUGGGACCAUCUCUCUUGACACCAAUUUCUGAAGAUUUAGAAUUCCAAAAUACACCACCUUGGACAGUAAGACUAUCUUCAAAUAUCAUUCCUCAGUAUGCAAUUGCAGUGCUUAGAUCUAAUCUUUGGCCUGGAGCAUAUGCCUUUUCCAAUGGCAAAAAGUUUGAAAAUAUCUACAUAGGCUGGGGUCAUAAAUAUAGUCCAGACAACUAUACACCCCCAGUUCCACCACCAGUUUAUCAAGAAUACCCUACUGGACCAGAGAUUACAGAAAUUGAUGACCCAAGUGUGGAAGAGGAGCAGGCUUUCAGGGAAACACAAGAAGCAGCUGUACUUCCAGAAGAGGAAAAUGAAGAAACUGAGGAAGAUGAAGAUGAUUAUGACUAAUGUGAAUAAAUUUAUCCCAAUCUUAU